CCGCGCAGUCACACACUUGGAAGCGCCUCCCCACGUCCCUCCCCUGCCCUCCUCUUGCUCUGCUCUUCUCUCUCUCACCACAAAUAGUCGCCGACCGACUGCCAAUCCGCCUCCCUCUCUCUCUCAACAACAUGACUGACUGGGAAGCGGUGGCUCAGGCAGAGCGGCUCUGCUGGCGCAGGCAGGCGGAGCAGGAGGAUUAUUAAAUAACGCGGCUCGACUCUGUGCCACUGGGACUGGAGAGAAGGAGCCCAACAGCCGAGAAGGGGAGGGAGGGCAGAGGAGGGGGAGCAGAGGAGACACCCCCGUGCCCCGAAGACAUAAAUCCCUGAGUGCCCGGGAGGAGCCUUAACAAGCGGCGCGGAACCCUCAAGGCUGCUAAGUUGGCUAUCACAGUGCAAGCCUUGGAGUCCCAAUGGGGGACUCUGGAUCAAGACGAUCUACCCUGGUCUCCCGGUUGCCAAUAUUCAGAAGAAGUAUUAGCAGAAGACAUGAUUCUCUUCCUUCCUCACCGUCCUCCAGUAAUACAGUUGGGGUCCACAGUUCCUCUCCUUCCAGCACUAACUCAAGCUCAGGUAGUACAGGUAAACGCAGGAGCAUCUUCCGUACUCCUUCCAUUAGUUUCCACCAUAAGAAGGGAAGUGAACCUAAGCAAGAACCUACAAACCAGAGUGUUAGUAUUUCAAAUGGUGCUGAAACUGGUCACAGCAGUAUGCAAAAACUGAGUGUGGAAGAACAUAUUAAAACCAGGGGAAGACAUUCUGUUGGUUUUAGUAGUUCACGAAAUAAGAAGAUAACAAGAUCUUUGACAGAGGAUUUUGAAAGGGAAAAAGAGCACUCAACUAAUAAGAAUGUCUUUAUAAAUUGCCUAAGUUCUGGCAAAAGUGAGGGGGAUGAUUCUGGAUUCACAGAAGAACAAACUCGCCGUUCCGUUAAGCAGUCAACAAAGAAGCUGCUUACUAAAUCUUUUUCGUCUCACUAUAAAUUUUCUAAGCCUGUUCCACAGAGCCAAUCCGUUUCAUUGGUACAACAAUCUGGAUUCUCGUUGGAAAUUACACAGUACCAAGAGAGGGAACCUGUGUUAGUAAGAGCUUCUCCAUCUUGUUCUGUGGAUGUAACAGAACGGGCAGGAAGCUCUUUGCAAUCUCCAUUGCUUUCUGCUGAUCUUACCACAGCUCAGACACCUUCAGAGUUCUUAGCCUUGACUGAAGAUUCUGUGUCUGAAGUGGAUGCAUUUCCUAAAAGUGGAAGCAUGGCAUCCCACUGUGAUAACUUUGGCCACAAUGAUUCUACCUCUCAGAUUUCUCCCAAUCCUGCUGCUGUUACAAAGACAAUAGACCUUAUGGGAACUGUUUCCUGUGCAAUUACGUCUCCUGGGAAAUACAGGUUAGAAGGUCGAUAUAGCACUGAAUCUAAUUCCUUACCAGAAACCUCUGCUGCUAAUCAGAAGGAAGUGUUAUUGCAAAUCACUGAACUACCUAUUAUGAAUGGAAGUGACUCAGAGCCUCACCUGUCAGCAAAUACGCAAAGAGAACAACAUAUGGUGUUACAGAAUGGUGAAACAAUGCUGGCGACAAGCUCCCCCAAAAAACUUGGAUUUUACGAGCAACACAAAGCAAUAGCUGAACGUGUUAAAGGGAUCCAUCCUAUUUCAGAUUCAAGGAUAAUACCCUCUUCCGGUGAUCAUCAUGUUUUUAGCAAAACAUCGUAUGGAUGUGACGCAAAUCCUGCUAGAGUUCUUGCCAGUAGCCUCAGUCCGUAUCGCGAAGGAAGAUUUAUAGAGAGGCGACUGCGAUCCUCAUCAGAAGGAACUGCGGGGAGUAGCAGAAUGAUUUUGAAACCAAAAGAUGGAAAUGUUGAGGAAGUUAAUAGUCUAAGAAAGCAAAGAGCAAGUUCAUCAUCUUCAAAAAUGAACAGCAUGGAUGUUUUGAAUAAUUUGGGAUCUUGUGAACUAGAUGAAGAUGACCUAAUGCUUGAUCUAGAAUUUUUAGAGGAACAGAAUCUUCAUCCUUCGGUUUGCCGGGAGGAUUCAUACCACUCUGUGGUGUCAUGUGCUGCUGUAGUUCUCACGCCUGUGGAACCAACAAUAGAAAUGAAGAAAAGAGAAGAACUGAAAUUUCCUGAACCUUCCAAACACUGCUGGAAGAGGAGUUGGAGUUGGGAGGAGUCACUUUCUGAUCCUAAGCCUCGCGAAGAGUCUUGAAGAGAAUCAUUUGGAGAGUUUCACGUGUGUUCUCUGCAGUGGGAAACACAAAGGACAGAUGCUGAUUUAUACCUGAGAAAACUGAAGCAGACCGUGGACUGGAAUCUGACACCUGUCCAGAAAAUCUAGAGAGAGAAGAUGGGUGGCCAACUGCGAAAGCAGCACCAUCUUGAACUCUCAAAGCUGGUCAGGGAGGCCACAAUUUUUUUAGUGAACCAUCUGGAGGAUAAGGAAACCUGGGAAAUAGAGGUGAAGGGUGCUCAGCCUCCUCAAUAAGGGAACUGCAGGGGAGUGGGCCGGAAGGAGACCUCUGAAGAGACCACUUGUGUGCCCAUUGCUAGGCCCUAGAGCCAAGUAAAGUAUCCUUAAAACUCCUCUGACCAGCGGAGGACCCCUCCCCUCCACCUUUCACCGUGGUGGCAGGAGAACAUUUACUGUGAGGCUGAGGAAGUUUAAGUUUCAGGGCCCUCACUGGCACUGGGGUCCUCCACAAGGUCCUAGAAGGGAUCCUGCUAUUUUGUUUUUCUUCUUCUUACUUAUGUGUUACUUUUUAAAAAGACCCCUCUAGAUUUUAUAAACUUCAGGCUUCCAAAAACCUGGAUCUGUCCAUUAGUACCACUGCCCUUAGAUCCAGGCAGUGAGGAUUCUUGCCUUAGUUCUGCACUUGAGAGGACUCAGUUAUGUCCCUUCUCUGGCUGUGCCUCUUUCCACAAGGCAAGAAUUCCAAAGAGCCAAGGGUCCCACUCACCAGGAGCCUAUGCCUCCACCACCCACCAUGCCACGAAUUUCCUGUUCAGUGGCCCUGAGUCCUCCCCUCUAGGGUGCGCUACCCACGGCCCGUGGUGCUACAAAGAACAGCUGAUCACUGGCUGUGGACAGAGCUUAGAGGGGUGGCUGGGACAUUCACCCUCUGGCCUCUGAGGCCCUGAGUGUGCAGGAAGAAGCCCAGGGUGGGCAGGAAAGAAGAGUAGGCUAGGUGUUCGAUCAAUUAAGCUAUAUAAAUGGAUGUCACUUGUGAGAGGAUCCUUCUGCAUUUCAUAGUAUCUAUUCACCUUAUUGGAAGAUGUGGUCUCAUAAGUCACUGGUUUAUUAAAUUAAAAAAAAAAACUCAAGAAAGUUGAUUGUUUUCAGACUUCAUGUGUUACUCAAGAACCAAUGGAUUUUAGUACCAAAUAAAUAAAUAAAAAUCCCCAGAGAAACCGCUCUCCUUGAUUGAGUGUUGUUAUUUUUAUCUUUCUGUCGUUUACUGCUCCAUAGUGAGUCAUAAUAUCUGGUCCCCUGUGCAGACAACCUGUCAAGUUAAGAUAUCCUGUUGUAACAUAUGCAUCUGGUUUGACAGUCCUUCUUUGUAUAUUGAACACACAAAUGCUAUUUUUCAGCUGAGUUGGGACAGCCUGAUAAGAUGACUGGAGUGUUUCAGUUCACCAGUGCAGUACAGUAACAUUGUUCUCUUUAUAGUGCAAUAUAAAUACAAUUUAUCAGAUCG